AUGUCAAGUUCCGCAAAGCUGAAUAGUAUACGUCAGUUGACAAAUAAAGACGUGACGAAAGCAGCAUGGACGCUAUUAGAAGCAUUUGAAGAGGACUCGCUUUCAAAGCUCUUGAUGAGGCACAUCACCGACAUAAGAGAGCGUAAAUUCUGCGAAUUGAGCUUGUAUGAGGCGUAUUUGAGACAACAUAUAGCCAAAGGGAUCGUCUUGGGCCAAGGGGAAACAAGCGCGGGGUUUGAAACUGUGAGUAUAUGGUCUACUCCCGACAGUGAAGCCCGCGGGUUGGAUUCAUUCACGAAUUUGAUGGAAGCCGGUUAUGGCAAAGUUUGGAAUUUGAGUGGUGCUGAAGGAAGAGAAAAGAUCUUUAAUGGCAUGUGGCCCUUGCUUCACGAUUCCUGUGAAAGAAUCACUCACGGUGACGUCAGGUUCAGGGGUAAAGGUGUUUACACCUUGGUUUACGUUGGCUCAACCGUGGCUGCAAGAGGCAAGGGCAAUUUGAGGAAGAUGUUCAGCUACAUGUUUGAAAACUACGUCGAUACUGGAGCUGGCAGCUUGACUUACUUGGAGAGUUCAUCUGUCGUCAAUAUCCCCAUCUAUGAAAAAUUUGGUUUCCAUGUGGUGGAAAAUAUAAUGCUUGGGGAGAAGUUUGAAGGUGCUGUUGAAGGGGAACACUUUGCCGUUAUGAAUGUAAUGAUUAGAGGCAUCAAGGGCCAUGACUGGACUAAAGACAGUGCUGACGCUGGCAAAUUAUAG